GAAGUAGUUCCGACACACUGGCGCGGCUUGCAAUCCCAUAAUAUUCGCUCUUCCUAUCACGAAUGAUCCGUUGUCCUAGGCUUGAAGCAACUGCCAUGGACUAGUGCUGUUCUGCUGGAAAGUCCGCUUGAUGGCGAGCUGAAAGGAAAGCGAGUUCAUCUGCCAGAACACUGCAACAAACAAGACUGCUCGGACUGGGAGUGAUCAUUUCUUUGGCGCUAAACAUUUGCCUAGUCGAGCGCAGCACAGUCUUUCGUUCAUUCUAAGCUUAUGUCAGUGCAGCUACUGCAGCCUUGAAGAGGGGCCAUUUUCACGACUCCGGUGGCAAUGCCGGAGCUUCCAGAGAUACGUCUAGCAGCAGGUAUUGUCAACGAUGUGUGCAAGGGGCGCGUCUUCACAGGCGCAGUUCGCAAAUCGCCAGUGAGCAAGAACCCGGAGGUGUUGUUCGCGGCGCAAGCCUACACGAUCUCUGCGGAGAGUCGCGGCAAGGAGCUAGCAUUGAGCCUGUGUAAGCUGGGUCAGGGAGUCUCAGCUCACGGCGGUCACCCGGAUAAGCCUGCUGUGAAACUGGAGAGGGGAGAUGCCAGCGAGGCUGACAGUGAGCACGAUGCCAUGCGGCUCCUGUUCCAUUUCGGCAUGUCGGGCCGCUUUCAGUUCACGACGCGAGCGGACGUGCACAAGCACGCACACUUGAUGUUCACGACCAACGAGCACCCGCCUCAUAUCCUCAGCUUUGUCGACGUCAGGCGGUUUGGCACAUGGCACGUGAUGCCUGAUGACCGUAUUUGGUCACCCGAUCGCAGUCCCGAUCCAGUAUGGGAGUAUGUGCCUUUUCGGGAGAAUGUCUUACGGAACCUGGCCAAUGCUGCAUUCAAUAAGCCGAUCUGUGAGGCGCUCUUGAACCAGCAGUACUUCAACGGAAUCGGAAACUAUCUACGGUGUGAAAUUCUCUUCAGAGCGUCAAUACCACCGUUUGCUUGUGCGCGUGAUGUGCUGACCGGCCUUCCCAAAGACCAAGGAUUUACAGAAGUUAAGGAGGUGUUGAACUUGAGGAAUGGGGCAGGUUACGACCCGGAUGGUACAGAGGAGAAAUACUCUGAGUUUCUUGGCUGGCUACAAUGCUACACCAGGGCUGGCUCGUCUAAUUGCCGCGAUCACAACGGACGCACCGUCUGGUACCAGGGUCCACUCGGCAAGCUGGCACCGAAAACUUUGAAAACUGUCGGCAAGGCAAGAUUGACCAAGCCACCCGCAAGAGACGUCAAACUGGAUCCAGAUGCCGAUGGUGGUGGUGAGUCCAAGAAGUCGAGCGUGCGGCCGGCAACAGCAAAAGCGAAGAAGUCGGUCGCUGGCAAGACAGAGAAAGCUUCUGCACCACCAAGGCCUCGAGCACGAGCAAAAGUGACGGAGCCUGCCGACAGUGCGUCGGGACAGAAAGCAACACCAGCUACGGCAAGAUCUGCGAGAAUUCGUAGUAAGCACACUGACAAGAGUCUGGACAAAGCGGAGAAGACAAAGAGAACAGCGGCUACAAAUAAAUCUGGCAAAGCGCCCGAUUCAUCACGAUCGAAAGCAGCCAGCACGCGCAAACGCGGUGUAGCUAGUGCCUCCUCGCCGCCAUCACCGCCGGCCGUAAGCAAAACUAUGUCAUCCACGCGUCGCAGCACCAGCAGACGUGCUGCCGUGGCGAUGAAGUCCACGAGGGUCGCAGCCUUGACUACGAAGGCAAGCGCUCCUGCCACCGCUCGCCCCACUCGACCUCGUGCACGCCGCCAAAGUAAAACAUGAAUGGCUUGCGUCGGUGUGAUUUAUUCCAGUUCCGUUAGCCUGCUCGAGGCUUUGGACAGCAUUCCGCUAUAGGUACGGGCCCAUUGUAUGUGCUUUGCCCCCCCCCCCCCUCUCUCUCUCUCUCUCUCUCUCUCUCUCUCUCUCUCUCUCUCUCUCUCUCUACUGUUGGUUGGACUGUGUGCUGUUGAAAGGCUUUGCACCACCGUCCUUAGUCUCUCCUCGCCCUGGGGCAAUGACAGGGUCCCUUGAUGCAAGGCUUUGUGAUGCGGCCAUUGAUUUCGCUAGUUCUGCUCCGCAACGAGUUUGUUCCUGAUUUGGGGGUAGUUAGCCCACCGUUUGCACUGCUCAGUCUGAGGUGCCAUAGUGAUUUGGCUCGCUGCUGUCCUCACUCCUCAGCCUUGAUGUGUCGUGCAGUGGUGACGUCAUGAUGAUAUCAUGGUCUGCCAUAAUAUUGGUGCUGAGAAUACUGUGCAAGUGCUGUGCCAGUUUGUGUACUGCUGCAUCAUGCUGAGAUGUACUUAGGGAAAGGAGGAGCUCCUGAUGUGUGGUGUAUUGAUGACACUAUUCGCUUUGUUACUGACUUUGAUGAUGUCAUAAUGAUGUCAUGGUGUUAAGUAGUACUGCGCACAUGCUGCACCAAUUCUUGUACAUUGUUUUGGCAUGCUAUUAGCGAUAUGAGGCAGUCCUGAUGUGUGAUAUAUUGAUGACAUCAUCCACUUUUCUACUGACUGCGAUGAUGUCAUAAUGAUGUCAUGCUGUUUCAGUGGUACACGGUAAUACUGUGCAAGUGCUUCGCCCAUCUGUGUAUAGCUUCAUCAUGCUAGCAUGCUCUCAGUGACAGGAGGCGAUCCUGAAUUCCUGAUGUGUGGACUGUGGUGUAGUGUGAGUAGUGGUGACGUCAUCCACAUUACUGCUGGCUGUUAUGAUGUCAUGGUCUGGGUGCUGCUAGCAAUGCACGAUUGCUGUGCCUUUUUGCAUGUACAGCUACAUGUAUGCUGUGCCGGUGGGCCAGCUUUCCAGUGUGCUGUAUCUAUCAUAGAUCUCCAUGUGAGCACUCUCAGUCUCCGCUCUUUCUCUUUGAUUGUGCCAGAAAACUGCUAGGGGCUACAGUACA